CACGGCGCCUGCGCAGGCGGUGCCGACAUGGCGGAGAAGGCGCAGAAGAGUGUGAAGAUCGCGCCGGGGGCCGUGGUGUGCGUGGAGAGCGAGAUCCGCGGGGAUGUCACCAUCGGGCCCAGGACGGUGAUCCACCCCAAGGCCAGGAUCAUCGCAGAAGCGGGACCGAUUGUGAUCGGGGAAGGCAACCUGAUAGAGGAGCAGGCGCUCAUCAUCAAUGGGUACCCAGAAAAUAUUACACCGGAAACCGAACAGAUGGAGCCCAAGCCCAUGGUCAUCGGCACCAACAACGUUUUCGAAGUCGGGUGCUAUUCGCAGGCAAUGAAAGUGGGAGAUAACAACGUCAUUGAGUCGAAAGCAUUUGUUGGCAGGAACGUGAUUCUGACGAGCGGCUGCAUCAUCGGGGCCUGCUGCAAUGUCAACACCUACGAGGUGAUCCCCGAGAACACCGUCAUCUAUGGGGCUGACUGCCUUCGCCGCGUGCAGACCGAGCGGCCGCAGCCCCAAACGCUGCAGCUGGAUUUCCUGAUGAAGAUCUUGCCCAAUUACCAUCACCUGAAGAAGACCAUGAAGACCGCGUCCACGCCUGUCAAGAGCUGAGAGCCUCCCGCAGUCGGUCGCUGACCGGGGAUUUUGUCCUGUCCUUAUGAGCACUGCGCAACCGCAGGAAGCCGCUGGUCUCUGCGUCCUUUAUUCCCUUCUGGAAAACAAAAAUGUUUUUUCUCGCUUAUUUGUGUCCUUUAUUUAUAGCCCACCAAGCAUCUCAGCCCCGCUCUGGAUCUGUUGUCUGUCCCGCGCGCUAACUCGAGUAUCACACGUGCUGUUUGGGGAAUAAACUAGAACCAGCUCA